AUGAUACAGAACAAGAUUCAACUAAUUUUUUUUCUCGCAGGAAUCCUGUCCAAGGCUUCAUGUGACCUGGAUCGAAUCGUCCUGAUCAAAGAGCCAAAGACAUGGAUAAAAGCAAAAUCCUACUGCAGAGAGAAAUACAUGGAUCUGGCGACGGUUCAGAGCGAUGAAGACAGAGCCAAACUAAAGGAGGCAGCAGAUGCGGUGAACUUUAAAUCUGUGGCCUGGAUCGGCUUCUACAGAGACACCUGGCGUUGGUCGUAUCAAAACAUGUCAGUCAGCUAUGAGAUGUGGGAUUCUUCAGAUCCGAACAUGCUUGACACAGAAGAGGCCUGUGUGGUUCUGGUUGAACAAACCAGCAGAUGGAGGGACAGAGACUGUACUAACAAAUACGGCUUCAUUUGCCAAACUGCAUAA